AUCUCAAUUUGCAUCCUAUGCAAAAACAGGAGUCUCAAUUUCCCAUAUUCCGUUAUAUAAAGGACACCCAGAUAAAUCUGACAAAUCAAUCCAUCCAACUCACUGAACAGCCAUGGCUACCUCAAUCCCAGAUCUCCCCAAGGAACAAUGGGCGCAGCUCUGUCCUAAAGUGGGCGGCCCCCUUGAAUACAAGAAGAUCCCCGUCCCCAAACCGGGGCCAACCCAGGCCCUGGUCAAUAUCAAGUACUCAGGCGUCUGCCAUACCGACCUCCACGCCAUGCAAGGCGACUGGCCCCUUCCGGUCAAGAUGCCCCUGGUCGGAGGCCACGAAGGGGCCGGUGUCGUCGUCGCCAAGGGCGAACUGGUCAAAGACGUCGAGCUGGGCGACCAUGUCGGAGUCAAAUGGAUCAACAGAUCGUGCCUGGCGUGUGAUUUCUGCGAGAACAGUGACGAGCCGCUCUGUGCAAACGCCGCGCUCUCGGGAUACACCGUCGAUGGCACGUUCCAGCAAUACUGUCUUGCCCAGGCUGCCCAUUUGACCCCUAUUCCUAAAUCUGUGUCCCUAGAAGAGGUGGCGCCCAUUUUGUGCGCCGGUAUCACGGUGUACAAGGGCUUGAAAGAAUCAGAGGCUCGUCCUGGACAAGCUGUUGCAAUUGUUGGCGCUGGUGGUGGUCUUGGUACUAUAGCCAUUCAGUAUGCCCAGGCCAUGGGUUUGAGAGUCAUUGCCAUCGAUGGCGGUGAUGAGAAGAGAAUGGCUUGUGAGAAGCUAGGAUGCGAGAAAUACAUCGACUACACCAAGACAAAGGACCUCGUCAGCGAUGUCAAAGCCGCGUCGCCGGACGGCCUGGGCCCGCACGCAGUCCUCCUCGUCGCCGUGUCUGAAGUCCCAUUCCAGCAAGCGGCCAGCUACGUCCGAUCACGCGGCACCGUCGUAGCCAUCGGCCUCCCGGCGCACGCAUUCUUGAAAGCCCCCGUCUUCGAGACAGUGGUCAAAAUGAUCACGAUCAAGGGCAGCUACGUUGGCAACCGACGUGAUGGCAAAGAGGCAGUUGAUUUCUUCUCCAGGGGCAAGAUCAAGUUCCCGUACAAAGUUGUACCACUUGAAGAGCUGCCGCAGGUGUAUGAUUUGAUGCGCCAAGGAAAGGUCACCGGUCGUUACGUGCUCAAGAUGCCGGAGUAAAUUUGUGAUGUUGGUAGUUGUAUAUAUUCUGUAUAUUGUAUGUAAGUCAUGUGUGAUGAACGAUACCUAGAGUGGGGUGAGUGUCUUGUUGGCGCAUCUUGAGUUUCAUUAGAACAAUCUCCAAUACGAUAUGUUGUACUGGAUA